AUGGGUUUAUUAAAUUGUCUAGUCUUAUCUCUACUGGUGGCUGCAACAACUGCCAAUGUAUACAGUUGUGGAGGAUUCGUCAAAUCGAGUGCUUCAAUCGAUUUUUCCAAAAUUACGGUAUUAAAUUGUUCUUAUAUCCUAAAAUUUACAUAUAAAUUCAGGUCAAACUUCUGACAACCGAAGGUCAUUUGAAACAUGAAGAAGAAGUAAAUCCAUCAAAUGGAUAUUUUAUGAUCCCAGUUUAUAGCAAGGGUCAAUAUUCGUUGAAGGUUUCGUCACCAGCUGGUUAUUAUUUUGAGCCAGAUACUUUUGAUUUCAAAUUGGAUGGUGUCAAUGAUCCUUGUUCCAAAAAUGAGGACAUCAUUUUCAAAUUGAAUGGUUUCUCAAUUCGCGGAGUUGUUGAUGGAGCUGGCGCCGGUCUUAAUCUUGUUCUCAAAUCAUCAUCUGGUGAACAAAUCGAUUCAACUGUGACAACUGAUGGAGGAAAAUAUGAAAUGAAAGCGCCAUCAGGAAAAUACGAAGUUUCUACUGGAGCUGGUGCAUCCGAAUGUAUUUCAAGAGGAAAGGCGAAUGUCGAAGUUUCUGGAGCUCCAGUUGAAGUCAAGCCAAAUCUCAAAAUUUCUGGCUAUCAAUUAAAUGUCGAUACAAAUAAUUUCGCUUCAGUAACAAUCAAUAUAUUCUCUCAAGCUAAAAUUGAUCUCCCAAAUGUGAAAUGUUCUCAAAAUCAAUCUCCAAAUAUUCCAAACAGUCAUUCUUUCAAUUGUGAACUCGGUAAAACUAACAACGCUGGAAAAUUAUCAGUCGCAUGUGUUCCAUCUGCAAAUUAUUAUCUAACUGCAUCAUUCGGAAAUAUUCAAUUUGCUCCGUCAACUCAACAAAUCACAGUCUCGCAAUCUGCUUCAAACGCCAAAUUUGUUGCCGAAUCUGCAUCAUCCAAAGUUCGUGUAACUGCAAAUGGAAAACCAUUUAGCGAUGUAAAUGUUUUAUUGAAUGGAAAAUCGAUUGGAAAAUCAGAUUCAAAUGGAUACAUAACUUUGGAAGGAUUGAAAGAAGGAACAAGUCAAUCUGUAACUGCCGAAGCAAAAAAUGUUCAUUUUUCUGUUUCGAAAAUCACUGUUAAGUUCCCAACAGUUUCGAUAAACGAUAUCACAGUCACCAAAUUUGAUAUUUGUGGAACAGUUGAAAAAUCAGAAAAUGGAGUGAUUGAAAGCCUAAAACUUUCGAACAAUAUUGAAAUUCGACCAAAUUCUGAUGGUUCAUUCUGUCAAUCUGUUGCACCUGGAUUAUACACAAUCGAAUCUUCUGAUAAAACAAGUUCCCUUACUCCAAAAUCACUUCAAAUUGAUGUUACUUCGAAACCAAUUCUCGAUCUUCGUUUUACUCAUUUCAAAACUGAUGCAAAUGUCAGAGUAUCAUGUAUUGGUGAGUUUUGAUCCAACUUCAAUAAAUAAAUAAUAAAAUUUCAUUUCAGGUGCUUGUCCAACUUCAACAGUUUCCCUCUAUCUUUCUGGAAACAAUUUAGUCCGAAGUGUUAAAGGAACUGAUGUUUUCAUUUUCGAAGGAAUUGGACCAGGAACUUAUAAAGCAAAAUUGGAUGACAAUGGAAGAGGAUGUUGGGAAAAUUCGGAAUUGAAUUUAGUCGUCGAACAAUCCAAGCAACAACCAACUGUUCAUUUUGUUCAAAAUGGUUUUGCUGCCAAAAUUCAAUUAUCACACGAAGCUGAUAUCGUAAGUUAGCUCUAUAUUCUUGAAUUGAAAAGGGACAAUCAUGUGAUAUUAUAUUUUUCUAUUUAGAAAUGGGAAAACGUCGACAAAAAACAACUUCACGGCGAAGCUCAUCAUCAAGGAAAUGAACCAUUAUCGAUCUGUGUUCCAAAUGCUGGAGUUUACAGUGUUUCAUUGAAUUCUUGCUAUAAAUUUGAAAGACAACAAUUCGAGAUGAAUGUUCCAUUCGAAGGAGUUUUGAAAGAGUCUGCGAUUGCUGCAAGAAUUGGAGGAAUUGUUGAUUUGCAAGGGGAUAAAAGUGCUGGAGUUCAUAUUAAAAUUAAGUGAGUUUUGUGAUUCAGUGAGAUGCGCAUUUUUCGUUUUUCCAGAUCUCCAACUGGUGAACGAGAUGUUUCAGUGAAUAAUGAUGGAACCUUCCAUUUCGACGAGCCACUUUCCUCAACUGGUCAAAAUGUUCAUCUUGUUCCAUCAUCAUCUGCUCGUUUAUUCGAACCAACAUCAAAAUCAAUCAAAGUAUCGGGAAAAUGUAUUCAAAAUGCCGUGCAAUUCCAAAGUUUCCGUGGAAUUUUCAUCGAUGGACAAAUUCGACCAGCAGUUGAAAAAGUCGCAAUCAAAGCUGUUUUGAAAUCCGAUCCAAGUGUCAUUAUUUCUCUGAAUUCGGAUAAAAAUGGAAAUUUCAAAAUUGGACCAGUUAAAAAAGUCGAAGAUUAUGAUAUCUCAGCUUCAUUGGAUGGAUAUAGAUUCAGUGGAUCGAAUGGAAUUUUUGAAAGUAUCAAAUUGUCACAAUUAUCGAUUACUGUACUUGAUGAGAAUACAAAUGAACCAUUGGAUGGUGUUUUAUUGUCAUUAGUUGGUGGAAAAGAUUAUCGAUCGAAUAAUGUUUUGGAUUCGACUGCGAGCAAGAAUUUCGUUGAUUUGGCACCAGGAGAAUAUUUUAUUCGUGCAAUUUUGCAAGAAUAUAAAUUCAAUCCAUCAACAACAACAAUUCAAGUGAAACAAGGAGUUCAUGAAAAUGUUAUUGUUAAAGGAAAACGUGUUUCCUAUAGUGUUUUCGGAAAGAUUCGUGAAAUGUCUGGAAGUGCAGUUCAAGAUGUUGUUGUUGAAGCUCUUUCAACUGGUUGUGAUUCACAUCAAUCAGAAGCUCCAACUGGAUCUGAUGGUUCUUUCAGACUUCGUGGAUUAUUACCAAAUUGUAAAUAUAAUGUGUAUGCAAAAUGUAAGUUGCAAAAAGAAAAAAAAAUAAAUUUUCAAAAAAAAAAUCAUGAUUUUCAGCAUAUACUGAUGGUUCGGCUGCUCCACAUAGUUUCCCUGGACAAUUUACUGUUUCAAUGACAUCUGAAGAUGUCAAAAAUCUUGAAUUCAUUGCAACAACAAUUGAAAAAACAACAGAUGCGGCGAUUGAAAUUGAUAUGAGCACUUUGAAAGAUAUUCAAUCGGUUCGAGUUGUUAUUCACAAGGAAAAUGAGCUGGUUCAAACUGCAAGUAUUCCAUUCCCUCAACAUUUGUUCUAUUUAUCACAUUUGCCAAGAGAUGGAUCGAGAUAUAAUAUUCGAGUUGAAGCUGAAAAACCACCAAUGGCAUUUGUUGCCAAAACAUGUGAGUCCCGUUUUUCUUCGACAGCCAAAAACUUUAUUAUUUUGCGAGUUAAUCCAAUUUGAUGUUCAAAGAUCUUUUAAUGAAUCACACCUGGAUUAAUAUUGAAUUUAAUUAAUUUUAAAGUUCAUUUCAUUUCAAUCCAAAUCCCUAACUAUUUAUUUUUUCAUAAAAGGUUUGCAGAUAAAAACUGCAGCUGAAAAUAUCAAUUUGGCUUGUUUACAAAGAAUAAAAAACCAGUAAUUAUAGGAACAUUUUUUGGAACUGAAAUUCAAAUAAUUUGUCAUUUCGUGUUUUGUUCUGAAAAUUACAGAUAAAAUGCAAAAACUUCCGCGUUGAACAUUUAAUCUUAAUUUUUAAAAAACAUUCAUUUUCACAAUUUUAUUACAAGUCGUAAACAAAAAUUCCCUUUUAAUUCAAGAAUUAUGUUUUUCUUUGCAAAAAAAUAUAACAAAACAAAAAUAACAAUUCAGAAUAAUUGUCAAAAUCAGUGUUUUUUUCCAGCAUAUUUCAUCGCGGAUGCUCCAAUUCGAGUUGUUCGAAUUCCAUUAACAUCAUCGAAAAAAGCAUCAGAAGUUGAUAUCAGUUUUGGAUCACUGAUGUCAUUGCCAUUCUUUGUUUGUUUGGCUCUCGCAUUCUUUAACCAGGUAAUAAUUAUCAGAUGAUAUGAUGUGUGGACAAAUUACUGAGAAAAUGUAGAUUGCUUUUUUUUGAAAGCUGCAUUUUUCAGAAGGAGACUGAUUUCUGGUUAUGAUGUGAGCAGAUUUAAUAAUAGAAGGAUUAGUCAGAUGACAACAAAUGUCACAACCUUUUUUUUCUCAUUUUCAGAAACAACUAGAAAACGCAACAAAAAUCUAACAUUUUAUAAUGUUAUUUGCAAAAAAUAUUACAUGAUAAACUUUAAUAGUUUUUACUAGGAACUUGACUUCAUUUCCGUUAUUCCAUGAAUUUUAACGUCUUGAAAUAGUUUGUUUUUGUUUUUUGCUCAGCUUUUUCAAAUAAAAAAAAUGCAUUUUCGAAUGAAAUAUUUCUGGGAAAUAUACGAUUUUUUUGCAGAACCGUGUACUUGAAUUGCUCCAAUCAGUCUAUCAAUUUGCUACAGCUCCAAAUCCAACUGGUGAUUCUCCAAGCCAAAGAAAACGGAAAUAA